CUCUCUGCCUCACGUCCCGCUCCGCAACCUCCUCAUCCACCUCCUGCUCGCCCUCCCUCGGUCGCGCUCGGGAGUGUUUUCGAGAGUGGACGGCGAUCAUCGUGUGUGCCUUGCCGAGGGGUUGAACUUGUAACGGGAGAGUCUAACUUGCGUGCGUGCAAGCGCUACAUUUUUCUGUCCGUAACGUUUCAUCACUACGUCGAUCGCCACUCGAGGGGGAUCCGUUGUGACAACGACGACGACGACAACGACAACGACCACGAAGGAGGUGCUAAAAUGCCCAGCAAGAAGAAAAAAUACAACGCUCGUUUUCCACCUGGUCGUAUAAAAAAAAUUAUGCAAACGGACGAGGAGGUGGGGAAAGUUGCUCAAGCGGUGCCGAUCAUAAUUUCUAGAACGUUAGAACUAUUUGUUCACUCAUUACUUACCAAAACUAUGCAAAUCACAAGUGCAAAACAAGCAAAAACAUUGAGUCCUUCUCACAUGAAACAAUGUAUUCUUUCUGAAAGUCGUUUUGAUUUUUUGAAAGAUCUUGUUAAAAAUUUACCAGACGUUUCUGGACCAGAUGAUGAAGUAAUUCAUACACCACCUACAACUCCGGCGACGCAGGCAGUCUCAGUCAAUACAACAGUACCUAGUUUUGCUCCUGUAGCACAAUCAAAUACCGGAGCAUCCACUGUAUCUAAGGAUGGCUCGUCAUGUACACAUGUCCCUCCUCGAAGGCAUUCAGUUGAUAAAGGAGAUAAAACUAAACUAGCUAAGCCAAUUGAGGGCAACGAAACAGUAUUUACAUACAAUGUCCCAAAGUUUAAAAUGUCUGUGCCUACAUCGUUUAAUGCUAGCCAACCAAAUUUUUACACAGAAGUGAACAGUAAUCCAAGUGAUAGUAUGUCAAGAAAUAAUUCAGUCAGUCAACCAGUGUCAAAUUUCGCUUGUACUGGUAACAUCGACGAAGACUAUGAUACGUAGCAAAUCAGUCAAUAAUUAAUAAUACUGUAUGAAUAUAAUGUAUAAAGCAUACGUAAUACGACUUAUGUUGACUAGGCUGAACUCUCUGACCUACCGGUCUUUGAAUAAUCAUAGGAGUUUAGAAAAGGGUAUAAAUUGAUCUUCACUGUGAAGCACAAUGAAUUAAGUUUUCUAACAAUGUUUAAACAAAAACGAAAUUAAUAUCAUUUCAUAAGACGUAUUAUGUAAAAAUAAUG